AUGGGUUUAUUACAAACAUUUGAUACAAUUUUACACGGUGGUGUACAACAACCUACUUCAUACAUCAAGAAACGUACCUAUGAAUUUGGAGAUACCCUUGGCACCGGCUCUUUUGGCUAUGUCCGACGGGCAAUACGAGUUGUAGAUAAGAAGCCAGUAGCCAUCAAGGUCAUUCCCAAACGCAAUGUCAAAGGCCAUUUCGAUAUGGUCUAUGCUGAAAUGAAAGUCCUCGAGGGAUUGUCUCAUCCAAACGUGAUUGGCUUCUUUGAGUGGUUCGAGUCGCGAGAAAAGUUUUAUCUAGUGUUUGAACUUGCUACCGGCGGCGAGUUGUUUGACAGGCUCUUUGAACGAGGGAAAUUCACUGAAAAGGACGCCGUCGUGGUAGUACGAUCAAUACUAAGUGGUUUACAGUAUUUGCAUUCACACAACAUUGUACAUCGAGAUCUCAAGCCAGAAAACCUCCUGUUUAAGACAUCCGAUGCACAUGCUGACUUGGCUAUAUGCGAUUUUGGGAUUGCUACAUUGUCAGAUCAACAAUCAACGGCGCAAACAGCUUGCGGAUCUCCAGGUUAUGUUGCACCUGAGGUAUUGGAAAAGAAGAGUUGUGGAGCUCCAGUCGAUCUGUGGGCUGUGGGGGUCAUCACGUAUACCAUAUUGUGUGGAUAUCAACCAUUCCAAGCAGAAGAACCAAGUGAGCUCAUUAAUGAAAUCACACAUGCUCGAUACGAGUUCCAUGACAGGUAUUGGCGUACAGUGUCCCAGGAUGCCAAGGACUUUAUUCGUCGCCUCUUGACACUCGAUCCUGCAAAGCGGCUAACAGCAAAGGAGGCACUUGAGGAUAAAUGGCUGAUAGGACAAGACGCCAAUGAUGUUGACCUUUUAAAGAAUGUACGAGAGAACUUUUGUGCACGACGUAAGCUCAAGGGUGCUGUUGGAGCCAUUCGAGCCAUGCAUCGUUUCCGAGCCAGCGUAUCCCAAUCACCAUUAGAAGAUAAACCACCCAUUGUAGUAGAAGCAUCAUCAAACACACCUCAAUCCACUGUUUUGAUUAAUUGA